AUGGAUGUGAAGACUGCUUUCUUAAAUGGAUUUCUCAAAGAAGACAUUUAUGUGGAGCAACCAAAAGGGUUUAUUGAUCCACACUUUCCAUAUCAUGUACUAGGAAAGGCUGAUCAGACUCUUUUCAUCAAAAGAGAAGAUAGCGAGCUAAUAGUUGCCAAAGUCUAUGUUAAUGACAUCAUCUUUGGAUUGACUAAGGAUGAACUUGCUCAUGAUUUCUCAAAACUCAUGCUGGCAAAGUUCGAGAUGAGCAUGAUUGGAAAGCUGACUCACUUCCUUGGGUUGCAGAUUCGUCAACAAGAUUCAGGUAGAAGUGUUGAUCCUUCUCUUUAUAGAAGCAUGAUAGAGUCCUAUAUGACUGCUUUAAAGAGAAUCAUAAAGUAUGUCAAAACCACUGCUGAGUUUGGUGUGUGGUACAGCAAGGACACAAGUUAUGUCCUAGCUGGGUACUCUGAUGCUGAUUAG